GCACUUGCCUGGCUACAAGCGGCACAGACAUGGUCGCAGGAGCCACGCGAAGCACUUAGCUGGCCGGCGCUGAAGGGGCUUCUUGGUGGUCAGGAAGUUCUCAGGCGUGGCGUUGAGGGUUCGAUCCGGCCGCAUGUGGACGGAGAGGAUUCGAUGUGGACCUCCGAUGUUCUGCUUCGGGAAGCGAGCGUGAUCGGUGUCUCUGAGCAGGAGCAAGCUCACCCAGACUACGUCUGGCUCACCGGAGCCGAGGCGGUUCUGCAGCCUUACAUGGGCACAUAUUUCAAGACUGGCAUCCAGCCGACUGCGUUGCAAGCGUACCGUCCUGUCUACCAGAAUGUGAAUGGCAAGCAGCUUUACUAUCGUGCCUCCUGGGGUAUCUGGCUCUUAUCGGAUGGUGGCGUCCACGAGAGCGACAUCUGGAUGGGCCGUGCGUACGCCAAGGAUGACGUAGAGUGUCCCACCCACGCGCGCGGCUGGAUCGUCUGGGAUGGGACGUCUUGGAACACCACCUACACGCUCCAGGUUGCAGAGACGGAUGGCAUCGAGGAGGAAGGCAGUGAGGCAGCCCGGCCUCUGCAGCUCCUGCACGUGAAGCAGCCGCCACCGCCGCAGCACCUUUCAUUAAGGGAGGCAGAGGAGGCGCUUGGCUUGCCGAAAGCACGCGAACUCGUGGCUCCGUUGAAGCAAGACGGGCUGCGAGUCUCGUCGUGGCAUUCGCGACAGAACGGCGGUUGGGAAACGAAGAUCCUGCAUGUGGACAAUCGCAACAACUUCCUUUCCCUCACUGAGCCUGAGGGCUCGGAGAAGCAGGAGUGGAGGCUCCAACAAGUCAUGGCGGUCCUGGACGGAACGGGCGCGCUGAGCUUGGCGUCGCUGCUGGGCAUCUCCAUGCCGGAGUUGACGGAAGAGAGCAGUCAGCUCAUCGCUCUGCACGGCUUCUGGGAAGGUGCUGCCAAGAAGGAGAACAUCUUGGCUUUGCAUUGUGACUCAGAUUCUGAGCUCCCGGCUCGGAUGCGCGCUGCGGUUUCUCUGGCACCGCACCCGGGAGCUGCCAUACGCGCAGCGGCAAAGGUGCUGCAGGCUCAACAGCGAUUCCGCGCGAUGCGACAGGAUCUCAGGCAGCGCCGCGCCCGCGUGGGCCGGGGGGGCAGUCGCAGCAUCGCCGGUUUCCAGGUGCGGAAUGCCGCCAUUUCUCUGAUGAAUGCGGCGGCCGCCUGGCCUCCGGGAUCAAAGGUCCUAGAGCUGGAGAUCUUAGUCAGGCACAGCAGGCAGGAGGAGGAGGUGGAGACGCACCUGGCGGACAUCCCAGUGAAGUUCAAGCCCGACAAAGCCUUGGUCAUUGCCGAGAAAAUCGCUGUCCAGGUUUCGGAGGACGACCUCCAUGUCUUAGACAAGGAGCUUUUGACUCUGGAAAUCAAGGACAUCUUGAGGCUUUUCCGACACUUCUCAGCGUUGCCAGUCAAGGGCGAUCGUGCUAAGCUCUUCUUGACCGACGCUCCCCUGAGCAGAAGUAUGCUGGAGGGAGAGGACCGGGCGCUUCCCGCCUUGCGCGAGGCUUUGCAGCAGGCGUCGAGCGACUGGCUCUCGGUCGCCAGCUGCCUUGGCCACAGGCUAGACUUGGAAAUGGAUUACCAUAGCACGGACCUGAGACGAUCGUCACGGGAUUGGGCGUGA